AUGGAAACUGUCUUUAAGGGCCUCUCGUUGAAACGCCAUAUACUGGAAGAUACCUCCAACAAUAGGCCAACAAAAUUCUACAGACAAGAAGAUGGCACCCUUGCGCUACCCCCUUUAAAUACCUACUUCCCCAGACCUCCUUUUCCAUAUGCCACACUAGAUAACCAACCCUUUUCACCUGUGAACAAAGAAUACCACCCUGUGAACUACAUUGUUACUGAACCUGAUGACUCCCAAACUUCUGAACAUGAUCCCCUUAACACCCCAGACACUUUUG